AUGUUUCUACGCAUGUCAGGUUUUGCCCUCGCUGACGUCACUCGUCGUCUACCCAACGUCGAGAACGUGGAAAAGCUUGUUUUGACGUUCUGUGUCUUACGUAAGUAUUCUUUUCAAUAUUUCUUCUCCUUUUACAUGUUUUAUCCUGCAAAAACCAUAUAAUUAUGGAUAUUAAUUCCUUGUGCGAACGUUUAUGUCGUUUAUGGGUUCUAAAUUGAAGUAAACAUCCUAUGUUUUCUCGUUUACUUAUAAGGAAGGUGUGAUGGCGUGUCAAACUCCCGCCGCAGGGUAAGGUUUGUAAUCUUUUGUUAGCCCGUACAUUAGGUUCCGUAAAUUGAAUUUAAAGUGGAUUUUACCCAUCGGUUUAUCGCUAUUUUCAGUCUUUCAUUAACCAAAUAUUCCUUGAUUAUCUAACUUUCAUGUGCGUGUGCAAGAACUCUGCAAAACUCUAUCUCAAAGGCUCCAAAAACAUUUGCAGAUUUGUAGAUUUAUAUUAACCGAUUUCUCAAAUUCAACUUUAUUCAUUGCUCAAUUUGUGAGAAUAAUGUACCCGAGGUUGCUUAAAACUAGGAUUAAUGCCAGAGACAACUAGCAGAUAUCAUUCUUUACUUUUAAAAUCAAUUCCAAGAGGUUUAAUAACAGAUCCGUGGAUUGCUGACCUGCUCUAAAAAAUCCAUAAACUAAAAAUGAUUGCUAGUAUUUAUUCUAAUUUUUAAAUUUUAGAAAUAAACAUUGUAAUUAAUAGAUGGUUAUUGUCUCAUGGAAUAACAGUCAGAAUUAUUGAGGAGUAAUAAAAAUAUAUACAAGCAGAGUUGUUUGAAGCCUAAUUAGCUCUUAUCUAGGUCAUUUCAUCGUGAUGGAUGCGUAUUGUUGUCGCCCAAGGGCAUAAAGGUUUUUCUUUUCUAAAGUCACAACUCUCUUCUUUAGGAACAACUCCAUGAAAUGGACUGUGGAACAUGACUUAACGCUUUGUGGAGAAGUCCUAUUACAGGAGCCCUUCAAGCAUCCAAAAAAUAGUAAAGAGGGGGGAGAGGUUUGGUCAAAUAUAGCGGUCAAUCUCAACAGUCUGGAAAAUCCAUCAUUCAAAGUGUCAAAGAGAUCAGUCAGAGACAGACUUACUUUAUUGCAGACUAAGUACAAGGGAAAAGUAAGGGAAGAAGAAAAAGCAUCUGGCAUAGAUUGCGAAGAGACUUCGCUAGAUGCAGCAAUUGAAGAGAUUCUUGAGAAGGAAAAGGCAGCUGACAUGGAAAGAAAUGAGCAAAGUGGUACCCAAACCUUAAAGGAACAAAGAGAGAAGGCGAGUGCUGAAGAGGUUAGGCGCCAAGCCAUGGAACGCCUUGGUAAAACCCAAAAAAGAAAUGCAGAUUCAGAGGAAGGAAAACCCAGUAAAAAAAGCAAAGAGAAGAAGCUCAGAUGCUGUUGA